CACUAAGUGGGUUUUCAGCCUCUUAGCAGGGAGUUGAGUCAACAGAUGUUUUUCUUUUCCCAGGGUGUAUAUUGAGAACUGGCUGCCGGCCUCUUAUGUCCCCUAUUACCUCCCCUGCCCCAAGAUCUUCAACAUGAAGCUGCAGUACAAGGGGGAGAAGCCAUUCCAGCCUGUGGCACAGUUGCACUACCCUCAGCCCAAGCUGCUGGAGCAGAGAGGACAGGUCUCAGUCCCCCCGUGGCCUUCCCCUGCUGCCAGGCCGACACAGCUGCUGACACUCACGCCCUGGUUAGCACCGAUCGUCUCGGAGGGAACCUUCGACCCCAUGCUUCUGCAGAACAUCUACCAGCCGCUGAACCUGACCAUUGGGCUCACAGUGUUUGCCGUGGGGAGGUACACUGGCUUCAUCCAGCACUUCCUGGAGUCGGCUGAGAUGUUCUUCAUGCACGGUUACCACGUGUACUACUACAUCUUCACUGACGACCCAGCGGCCAUGCCCCACGUCCCACUGGGCCCCGGCCGGCUCCUCAGUGUCAUCCCCAUCCAGGGUUACUCCCGCUGGGAGGAGAUCUCCAUGCGCCGGAUGGAGACAAUCAGCCAGCACAUUGCUAACAGGGCGCACCGCGAGGUGGACUACCUCUUCUGCCUUGAUGUGGACGUGGUGUUCCGGAACCCGUGGGGACCUGAGACCUUGGGGGACCUGGUGGCCGUCAUUCACCCAGGCUACUAUGCUGUAUCCCGCCAGCAGUUCCCCUAUGAGCGCAGGCAGGUUUCUGCUGCCUUUGUGGAGGACAAUGAGGGAGACUUUUAUUAUGGCAGGGCGGUCUUUGGGGGCCGGGUGACCAGAGUGUAUGAGUUCACCAGGGGCUGCCACAUGGGCAUCCUGGCUGACAAGGCCAAUGGUAUCAUGGCAGCCUGGCAGGAGGAGAGUCACCUGAACCGCCGCUUCAUCUCUCACAAGCCCUCCAAGGUGCUGUCCCCUGAGUACCUCUGGGAUGACAGGAAGCCCCAGCCACCCAUCCUGAAGUUGAUCCGCCUUUCAACACUGGACAAGGGUACCAAAUGACUGAGGGGCUGAUGGCGGAGCGGGGGCUGCCACAUGCUGUGACCCAAAGCCCUGCGCAGCC